GUCUGAGCCAACAGUUCAACGCCAUACCUUCCUGGUUCAACAGGCAGAGAAGCUCAGCUUUCAGCUCAGAUUCAGUAGGUGACCCUCAGGCAGGCGGACAUGGCAGACGGCAGGCAGCCAGAGGACCACUGGGCCGCCAACGGCCAGGAGAACGGAGAGAACGGCUACUCAACCUACGGCUACCGGGAGAACGGCUACCACGCUGCGAUGGUCGCUCCACCUCCAGCAACAGUGGACGACUCGGCCAACCUGCCCCCCUCCCCUCCUCCAUCUCCAUCCGCUGAGCAGACUGGGCCCCUGGCACAAGCCCAGCCAGCGGAGAGCAAAACAUCUUGUGAGUCUGAGGUGCAAGAAGGCGAAUGUCCUGUAACGUCUGAAGAAGAACUCGCUUUGAGUAAACAUCCCACUACUUCAGAGAAAGAUCUCUCGGUGGAGUCCUCAGCUAAACAGACUGAUAAAGACAGAGGAAAUAACACAGAAGAAUCCCCUGAAGACUGCAAGCCUUUGGAGUCUAAAGUCAAGGACCAUGAAGAUGUUUCACUGACAGAAGAUGUGGCAAGUCUCAAAACAGAAAAUAACGCCAGAGUUAUGCAGAAAUCACAAGCUCCUUUGAAUGAAAGUACUGAGAAGACUGAGGAAGGAGAAGYAACAAGUCAGGGCAACGAGGACAGUAGCAUUCAGAAAGAAACUAUCCAGUUAAAAGAAGGAUCAGAUAAAGAUUCAAAGACUUACUUUGAGACAUCAAAAAGUCAAGAAGAGGGAUCAUCACAAGGCUAUUAUGAACUCAGUUUAACCUCAGAGAAAGGGUUAAGUGUAGAAUAUGACAGAGCUCUGGAUCAAUUUGAAGGACGAGAGAAGAAAAAUGUGAGGAUAUUACCUGAUAAAGCACCGUUAGAGCAACGGAGACUGUCCUUGAACAUUCCUAGUGGGUCUUCGACAGAAACAACUGUAAAAGUAGACAAGUCSAGGAGAUUCUCUGAAAGCUUGUGUCCAGUCAGUGGAAGCUUUGAGGAGACUGAAGUACCUCCAUUAACCCCAUUUGUUAAGACGCAUACUUCACCACUUCAGCCUGUAGUCUCCAUUAUCCCAACACUGACACCAUCUGAUAGCAUCCAGACAAUGGCAGAUGCUUCUGCUGAGGGGCAUGGUUCUAGCUCUGAUCAAUCAGAAAGCCUUUCUGAUAUGUUGGACUUGGCUGGGGUCCCACUUCGUCCAUCAAUACAGAUGAGGGACCACAUAAGACGAAAAUCGAUGCCAGCCAGUGCGCUCCUCGGUAAUGUCUUUGACAAGCUGAGUCUAUCAGAGCAAAUCUUGACAGAGGUGGCAGGGGAGAAUCAACAGGAAGAGCUUGGCUACUGCGUGUUCAGUGAAUACUCGGCACCCAUGCCUUCUCCAGCUGAUGUACCAAAUCCUGGAGAUUCUCAACACCAGCACUUCCCUUCUUUGGGUUCUGAAGAAGAGGUUUCUAAAGUUGUGGAAAUUGAAGAUGGUCAAACUCAAGUGCAACAAAAAGAUCAGAAAGAAAUUUCUCAAAAACCUGUGUUGGAAAAGAAAGAUCCACCAGUAAAGACCUCCUUGAUUCUGGAAAAAGCUGUGACUAGUGGAUUAAAACCAGAUCGCUUACGAAUCCCAAUGACGGCUUCGAAAGACCGUCUUACUGAACUUCGUCUGGAGACUGGCCUACCUGGGGACAUAAAGAUCCAGGCAAUCCCAGAGGUGGAUGUUGAAAAAGACCCCUCUAGAGAGGCCUCACCCAUCCCACCGGACAACUCCUUUACUUUCACUUCUGCAGAAACUGGAAAUAGAUUUCCCCUGAGGCCGAUCAGCCCAAAGUCUGAAGGAACCCUAGAAACUCAAGGCAAUGAGCCACGGGAAAAUGAUGUGCCCAACAAAUCUUCAGAAUCCAAGAGUGUUGAUGAAGAACUGGAGGCAAACAAAGCGAUGACAAACACUGAGAUUGUAGAUCAACAAGAAAAAGCUGAGGAGGCAGACAGAACCACGACGGCAUCAGUGGAACCUUUACAAGAUAAUUUGGAAGAAAAACCUUUAAGCUUAGGAGAAGUAGAAACACAAACACCUUCAGACUUUUCUCAGCACUUUUGCAUUGAAAAGCCAGGAGGUGAAAAGAUUCCCCAAAUCCAACUAUCAGAGUUGAUGCUAACAAAAGACUCAUCAAGGCCACAAGUAUUAUCUCCAAUCAUUGUAAUACCUCAAGCACAAGUAGAUGAAGAGGUCGAAGAGGAGGAUGACAUUGAAAUUGCGGAAGAGCCUCAAGAGAUUAUGGAAGAACCUGAGGAGAUUCUGCACUCCUUGAGUAAAAUAACAGCGGAAAGUAUACCUGAUAUACCUGAAGUGGAGGAGCAGAAGAAGGACCAAAUGAGACUGAUGGUUUGUGAUAAGAUGCUGGACGAUGAUCCCAAGUCGGGAGCUGAAGAAUGGAGCCAUAGUGCCCUAAACAGCGAUGAAGGGGAGCCUGCUACAGACAGUUCACAUUUGUCCCCAUGUUCUGACCAUGACCUAUUACAGCAGUCUGAGGAAGGUAAUGAGGAGGGAAAAAAGGAAGAGGACCUGCAGGUAGAUAAGAUGGAAUCAUCAAAAGAAGAGAAUGAAGGGGUUAAAAAAGAUGAAACUUAUCAAGAGGAAGUGAAAGGAGUUGAUUAUGAUGCAACUGGUGAUGAAAAAGAGAAGAAGGUUCUGAUUGAAGAGGAUGGAACCAACGAGAAAGACAUGGAGAUUGGUGAAGAAGCAACUAGUCUGGCAACUAAUGAUGAAACCACAAUGGACGUGUCCAUCCUGGAUACAGACAGUGGCUGGAUGGACCCUCAAGAUGAUGACAAAAGUAUCAUGACUGAGCAAAUCGAAGCCCUUCCUCAGACACAGAGUUCUACUGCUGCAGCUACGGUGGUGGACUGCCCUGCUAAACAGUUACCCGGCAAAGGACCAAGGCGUACCAAGGGCCGCCUUGGUACUACUGAAUGCAAAGUGACACACAAAGCACCGACCUACCAUCCCCCAAGAGAGGAGAUAAGAAAGAAAAAAGUAGGCGUGAGGAGGGUUGACCAGAGUAAGGUGUCAGCCCUCCAAAGUCGCUCUCCAUCUCGAAAGAGUGGAGCCAAAGUGGCAGCCAGACAUCCUAGGCCUGCUCCGCUUCACGGCUCUGCUAAGCGCAAGGCCACAGGUGAACACCUUUCGCCAGGUAUGGCACACCACCAGCCACUCAGUGUGGCCCAGCCGUCCAGGGAGAGGCCCACUUCGCGACAGAGAAAAUCUGUGAGUAAAGAUGUUUCCAUGCAGAAGAAUCCCAUAUUUUCAUUACUAUCAUCUUUCAGUCAUCAUUUCUGUCCUUUUGAAGUGUAUUUUCCUUUCAUUUUUCAUCUCUUGGUCGCUUCCUCCACCUUGCAUGUGUCCUCCCCUCUCAUUACGUGGAUCACCCAGAGCCCCACGAGGGCCGUUCUGUUAAAGAUGGCAGUGCAGCGCGGCGGGGGCUGCCCCCGGCCGAGCUCUGCCUGCAGCCUUAAACGGAGCCCCCUGGUGGAGGCGGUGAUAUGCGAGGCGAGGCCCGCCUCUGCCUGCUCCCGCCCUCCCCCUCUACCAAACAAAUGGGAGAGAACAUACCGCAGCCCGGAGAAGAGGUCAUCCCUUCCUAGGCCAGCCAAGUCUCUGACUCGCCAUAUUCCUGCUGCUGAGCAAGAGGACAGCACCCCCUCCAGGCCAACUUCGAUCCGAACCGACUCCAGAGGAGACGGCAGGUCUGGAAGAACCCCUAGUAUGGCAGGCACAGACUCAGCCCGGUCCCGGUCAGUCCGCAGUGGCGCUUCCACCCCAGGAUCUGCCGUCACACCUGGCACACCACCCAACUACUCCUGCCGCACCCCGGGGUCGCGCACCCCCGGCAGCCACACACCCAAGUCCUUCAGCGUCCUCCAGGAGAAGAAGGUGGCAGUGAUCCGGACCCCGCCCAAGUCCCCUUCGUCAGUCCAGCGGCAGCUGAAGGUCAUCAACCAGCCGCUUCCUGACCUGAAGAAUGUAAAGUCCAAGGUUGGGUCCACAGCCAACCUGAAGCACCAGCCGAAAGGAGGACAGGUUCAGAUUUUAAGCGAGAAGCUGGACUUCACUCAUGUUCAGUCAAAGUGCGGCUCCAAGGAUAAUCUCAAGCACACGCCCAAAGGAGGCCAUGUCAUGAUUCCAAGCGUUAAGCUGGACUUUAGCCAYGUUCAGUCUAAAUGUGGCUCCCUGGAUAAGAUGCACCACGCGGCCGGCGGGGGAAACGUUCAAAUCCAGACCAAGAAGAUCGACUUGAGCCACAUCACCGCCAAAUGUGGCUCCAUGUCCAAUAUUCAUCACAGACCUGGGGGAGGAAACAUCCGUAUCGAGAACAUGAAGCUGGAUUUCAAAGAUAAGGCUCACGCCAAGGUCGGCUCCAUGGACAAUGCCAGCCACAUGCCUGGAGGAGGGAAUAUCAUGAUCGAGAGCCACAAGCUGAGCUUCCGGGAAACGGCCAAAGCUCGUGUGGACCACGGCGCCGAAAUCGUCAUCACCCACUCCCCCGGCGUGGAGACAGGGGGCACGUCUCCCCGCCUGUCGUCUGCCGGCAGCAUCAACAUAAUGGAGUCGCCCCAGCUGUCCACGCUGGCGCAGGACGUCACGGCCGCGCUGGCCAAGCAGGGCUUAUGAGCUUUCGGUCCAUUCCCCCCGUCCUCCUGUCAUUGUGGCCCCCCUCAUAGACAUCCAGCGGUGUCCCUUCAGUGCAACAUGACCCCCAACACCUCAUAACCCCACAGUUGUAGUCGAUCGGGCUGUCGUUCGCCCAUUUGGAUUUUAAAGACUAGAUUCUGCCGCCUUUAAACAGGAAGCCUCUCAGUUCUUUGAUCCUCAACUCAAAUAUGGAUGCUCGUUUCAGAUCCGAUAGGCCGAAGGUCGAUUGUCUCAGCAAGUGGUUUUUACGAUUGUAUGACGAAUUAUUUUGAAGCGCAUCGCCACAGCCCUCCAGAAUUUAUACGGUACUGAAUGCAAUUUAUUGCUACUAGAUAAUUAAUGUUGUCUUAAAGGAUACAAAUGUAUGAGAGACUGACGGAAAAAUGCGAAAGAGUGGCUGACAAGUGGACAUGUCUGCUGAAAUGUGACAUGAGUUUGUCUUUGUUCGUCUGUUGGAUUUUAAUGUUUUCUUGCUCCGUUUUCCUUUUUUUACAUAAAUGUUACUGUAGUGUUACCAUUUUGUACCUUCCCUGUGGCUGCUCUGGCUUAUUGGCGAUUAUAAUAACCAUGGCAGUUGUGUAAAAUGUCAAGCGAUGAACAGCUAGCUUUAUAAUGGGCUUUUUUUCUCUUUUUAGUUGUUUUUGUCCCCCCAAAGCUGCCUGUUUACGUUCGUUUUUAUAUUUGCGCUGUAGUUUUACAAGAUUACACACUACUGUUGUGCUGGCAUGGCAACAAAAAAAAAAACAGAUUAAGUUCAAGCUAUUUGCAGCUAUUUUAAAGUUUUUACGUUUGAACGAAAACGGCCUGGAUACAAUCCAAGUCAGGCCUGAAUAAGCCUUGCGACCCUCCUUGUUUUUGCUAAAACAGUGGGUGGUACGUUGUGUUCAAAUGGGUUAAGAGCCCAGAGUUUGUUCAAAUUAAGUGUGAAGUAUGAAGCUUUAUAUGAAAACAUUCCUGUGGGGUAAAAAAGAUAAAAUAAAUGUGUUGGUUUUGAUCGUUGCUGGAAGUUCAGAAGAAUGAAAUCUAGAGUUCUUUUUCUUUUAAAAAAAAAAGGAAAAAAAAGAAGUAAAACGAAACUCUUCUAUCAGAAUUUUGCUCUCCUUUGUGGAACCCUUUUUGCCCCCGCCAGUGUUUCCCCCGUGCUUCCUCUUUCUCCACCYCCUCUUUGCCUGUGUAAGUGUAUUUAAAGAAAUGUAGAUGUGUGUGCACUAUUUCCAAUGUUUGAGAUGUAMUGAUGAUGACAAAUGCUCCGACAAAAUGACAACUGCAUAAAUAAAGAAAAUAAAAACUGA